UUUUAUUAAUUUUCUUUUAGACGGAAUCUCUGAAAAUCUCUACAGAUUCGGAUUUGCACGAUUGGUUUAUGGAACGCGAUAUGAAGGAUCCGGCAGUUAUGAUCCUAAAUGAUAAGCUCAUGUCAGAUGCUCUAUUCAAUUUGCAGCCAAUCAAGUCGGAACAUUCGUAUAGUUUGAAUAGUGAUGGAGAUUCUUUGCCGGAUUCGCCACGUAGCCUGCAAACAAAAAUGGAUGAUAUGGAAGACGAGUGCUAUCCUGCAAUCUCGUUGAAAACCGCAACCAGCAACAUAGCCCGCUCACGGCACGAUGUCGACAUUUCCAGCAGUGUUGAUCCCAAAUGUCUGGCCAUAUCCGUGGACUGCGAUGUGACGCCCAUGGAAAUGCCCACACUGGUACCCAGCAGUCACGCCAACAGCAGUAGCAAGCUAGGAAAUACCUUGCUCGCCACCGCUAUGGUCACCGCCUCUACCACCACACCCGCACCAGCUGGCACACUGACCAUCGCCACCAGCACAGCACCGGGCAGCAGUAACCUCACUGCGAGCACCAACCCCCGCCAAUCUGCUGCUACAGCGCUGCCAUUGCGGUACACACAUGCCGGCAUUUAUGCCAACCUUAGCAAAAUCAACACCACCGCACCGAUGACAUUUAACCUGCGCACUGCCGAAACAACUACCGGCCCUAUCAAUUGCAGCUCAAGUUUUAGUGGUAGCAACACAACCACCAUUACAUUUGGUAAGCCAGCAGCCGCCACACAACAGCAACAGUCACAGCUUCAACAGUACCUACCUCAGACGUCGGUGAGCACAGUUUUUGAACAGAGUAACUGUAAUACGCCGACAUCGGUACGCGAAGGCAGCUCUUCGCCCGACAUUUGCUCCGACAUCGAGAUCGAUGAAUCGGCUAUUAAGGAUGAGCCAAUGUCGCCCGACUCCAGUUUCCCGCCUAGCCCAAAUUCGCCAGAAUGCGUGACAAUGGCGAAAAUCUCACACUUGGCCACACGUACCAAAUCCGAUCUCGUCUUUGAACAUAAGAACGGUUGUUUGCAGCUAACUCCCGCCUCACAGAGCCUACUUAAAGCGCAGCAGCUCGCUUUGAAUGCCAGCACCGCCACGAACAGUCAAAAUAUUAUAAUGCCCAAAUUCAAUAUAAAAACCGAAAAUGGCUUUAGUAGUGGUAGUGCUGCUGCCAAGCAUAACGGCCAAUAUGGUCUGCCAUUGACGCCUCCCUCAUGCUCAUCGAGUGAUGGUGAUUCCGAAGGUAAUUUAACACCGGAACAUUUACUUUCGCCACUUUCGCCCAACACUUCAGUUUCUAUAUCUGUGGCCAAUCCUGCAGUCAUUACGCCUGUGUCCCUGCAUUCUGCCAAUGUGCGUCGUAGUGCCAGUAGCAGCAGCUCUUCAUCGCCAUCAUCCGCCUCGUCAUCAACAUCAUCCCUGCACGCCGGUCGACAUACGGCAGGAGGAACUAGUGGUUCCACACGUCAGCCUAUACACACCCCGCUCAUUAGCUCACAGCCGAAAGGCUCAACGGGCGUUCUGAUACUAACCGAGGAAGAGAAACGCACGCUACAAGCAGAAGGCUAUCCAAUUCCACAAAAGCUACCACUUACCAAAGCUGAGGAGAAGUCGCUCAAGAAAAUACGAAGAAAAAUCAAAAAUAAGAUUUCCGCACAAGAGAGCCGACGCAAAAAGAAGGAGUAUAUGGAUCAAUUAGAGCGUCGCGUCGAAAUACUCGUCAACGAGAAUAACGAGCAACGCAAACGUUGCGACGCAUUGGAGCAUACAAAUGCCAAUCUACUAAGUCAAUUGCACAAACUGCAAGCGGCGCUGAACAAACAGAGCAGCAAGAAGAAUGCUUAAGCGGCGUAUGGGGAAAUGAAGUGCGAAAUGAAAAACAAAAACAAAAAUUAUGUAUUUGAAAAAUAUUUUUAGUUUUUAGUUUUUUUUUUCAAAUAUCUAGCAACGAAAUGAAUUUAUUGUGCGCGAAAGUGUUGCCGAUAACGCUAAAACCGAAGCUGUAGAAGCAGUGUGAAUGAAAUAAUUUUAAGCUAUAAAUGAUGGCCUAAUAUUAAUUGUAUGUUUACACAUAUUUUAGAAAAAUACUUUUACUGAUAGCAACAUUUUUAUGUAAUUUGUAUAUACAUAGUAUAUAUAUAUACAUAUAUAUAGAGUAUAUUUGCUUUUUAUCAAAAUAUUUAAAUGUAUGUUUGUAAGCAACAUGGUUUUUAUAUAACUGUAUAUGUAUUGUGUAGUUAAAAGUAUUUACAUUGUAAGUAGCUGUAAAGUGAAUGGGCUGGACAGGCUGUAAAACAGAUUUUAUACUGUAUUAUAGACGAGCGUGCGUACGUUUCGCGUUUGUAGUUGUAGUAGUAGUAUACUCGUACAUACAUACAUACACAUAUUUACAUACAUACGAUAAAAAACGAAUUUUAACCAAAAAAUUACUUAAUGCAACUUAUACUAUAUGCUUACAUACAAACACACACACACAUGCAUACAUGCAUGCAUACAUAAAUUAAAGUGCGUUUAGCAUGCAGAAAUGGAGUUAUCAAUUACUUUUAUAUGUGGAAAAAAGUCCAGCCUCACAGUCCAUGCCAAUUUCGAAAUCCAUCUAGAGUCCAGGUUUUAUUGAAAUGCAUACAUAAAUGUAAAUAUGUACAUAUAUAUAUGUGCAGACGUGUGUGAAUUAUUGUAGUUUAAGGAUAUGAAUUGUUAUGCGUUCUAGAAUCAUUCCACUAAUUGCUAAGAUUGACAAGUUGUGAAAAUGUUUGAAGAAAUCACUUUUUUUUUGCUUUAGAAAAUUUCGUUUUGAACAUUUUGUCCAAAUGUGCAAUUUAUAUGGGUAUAUCGUUUUUAAAAACAUUUUUAGUGCUCAAUAGUUUUUUGUUUUUCUUUAUAUUAAUAAAGAGUUUAGCUUCCUAGGUUUAUAAAACUUUUUUUAAGGUACUAAAAAUAUUAAAAAUCGUACAUACAGAUGUACUUAGGCUCGUACACAUGUAUGCGAGUUUUUAGCAAUAUUUUAAGUGCAAUUAGUUUUAUUAUUUUGGCAUUGAGCGCGCAAAAGUAUGAUUAAUUUAAGAAACGGAAACGCAAAAAAAAUAAUAUAUUUGCUAUUUAUUUCAUAUUUUAAAUUCCGGAUUUAUUUAAGCUUAUUAGAAAAGAAACAAUAUAAAUUGUUUUAAAUUUAUUCAAAUGUAUAUGCAACAUUUGUGGAACUACAUCAAAACGCACGCCACAAAUAGGAGGAGGAACUCGGCCAAACACCCAAAAAGGGUGACGCGCCAAUUAUAUAAAGGCUUUUCUAAUAACAGGUGUUAUUUAGAUUAGAUUAUAGAUGAUUAACGAUUUUUUACGGCCGGAAUUGGAUGGUGUUGAUCUGGACAACGUUUAUUUUCAACAAGACGGCGCUACGUGCCACACGAGCAGCGAAACCAUUGAUCUUUUACAAGAAAAGUUUCCGAACCGCGUUAUCUCUCGAAGAGGUUAUCACAAUUGGCCACCAAGAUCUUGUGAUUUAACACCUUGUGACUUUUUUCUUUGGGACCACGUGAAAGAGAAAGACUACGCGAACAGCCCAGGGUCGAUUCAAGACCUCAAAGAUGGAGUUCGUGAGGCUAUCGUGGACAUAGGACAACAUCUUUGCAAUUCGGUUAUGGAAAAUUUUAUGAAAAGGAUAUUGUCCUGUAAGCGUGGCUGUGGUGGUCACUUGCCUGAUGUUAUUUUCCACUAUUAACGGCAUACUUUCCUCUUUAUAAUGAAAUAAACCUCCGAUCAUUUAUAUUAAAAAUAAUAUAGCAUUUUUCUUUGAAUAUCAAAAUAACACCUCUGAUUGAAAACCCCUUUAUAUACUAUAUAUGCAACAUAUUUUAAGACACAUUUUCCACUUACAACACAUUUUGUGCUUGAAGCUCACAAGAAAACUUUUUUAUGUACUUCCACUAUUUUUGAUUUUUAAUUUAGUUGCAAUGUAUUGCAUUUUUUUUUAUUGUACUUUAUUUUAAAUAACUACGUUGUACAUUUUUUCGCCUCUACUUAUGUAAGUCUCUCAUGCACACACACACACACAUAUAUAUAUAUAUAUAUUCCUUUACAUUUCAUCAACAAAAUAAGCUUAUAUGGGGAGGUUUUAAGCAUUUUCUUAAACGUAAAAUUUACUUAUUUCUAGUUUUCAGUAACAAAUGAAAAUUUAAAAAAUAAAUAACUUGAUUUUUGAAAAUCUGCAAAAGCUCAAGAAAAUCUAUGUUUGCCUCGCCUUAUGCCAAUACAUACAUGAAUACAUACCUACAUACAUAUUAAAGGAUAAGUCACACUUUUAGCAUUCACGAGAGUCGAAGUGUAGUUGAAGUUUAGUCAGCGGUAAAACACAAAAAAAAAAAUUAACAAAAAUAACAAUUAACAAAUUGCAUGAAUAUUAUGUUUUAAUAAUAUUUAUCGCUAAACACUUGAGUUAAGAAAAAAAAAUAUUUUAAAGUUUCAACAAGUUAAAAGUUUCAACAAGAAGGCAGCCGAAUUCUUAAUUUUUUUUUUUGUAAGCACAACUAGCCAGUAAAUCACUCAGACAACAUUAAAUCCAUUGCACUGCACUCGUGUUCCCUUUUUAAUUUUCUUUAAAUCCACCAGAUCUCCAAAGAGUUCUGAGUAGAUCUGGUGGUGACAGGGAGCCAAAAUGGUCGCUUCUUAACACAUCUGUGCCAAAGACCUCAAGCCUGAUUCGAGCAAAGGCUGGGCACACACAGAAAGUGGUCCGCUGUCUCAUCCUCUUCUCCACAUGCUGGGCAGAGUGCACUGUCUGAAAUGCCUAACUUUGCCAUGUGCUUCGCCCAUAAAAAGUGGCUCGUCAUCAGUCCAACCAGCUGCCUACAGUGCCUUCUGUUUAAUCACAGGAGGUUCUGCAACAGUCGGUCGGACGUGACAGGUAACAUAAGUUUUGCCCAUUGUUCAAUUCUUGUAUCACAAAAUUAUGAAACAUGCGCGUUUUCUGCUAAAGAGCCUAAAAAAACUUAAUGCACUUAUGAUUUAACUCUUCGUUGGACACCUUUUUUUUAAACCUUCGGUUGGGCACACGGACCUGACCUUUUUUCGUACUAUUCGAGUAUCCUUCUUGAAAGGUUAUAUCCAUAAAUCGAUAGAAAAUUAAAUUUUAAGAAGCUACCUGGAAGCUCAAAUCGUUAGCUAGAAUAGAAAUGAGUUUAAUUCACGUCCAAAGUCGAAAAAGUCUGGUGAGAAAAGUCUAAUUUUUUUCUAAUUACGCUUUUCAAAUCGCCUUAAAAAAUGCUAGCACCUCAAUUUCAUGUGCUAAUUCCUAAGCCCAUUCCUGCUUUUGCUCCCCUCAAAAGCGCUCCUAUUGAAACAUACAUUAAAUGGUAUUUCAUACUUAACCACUGAAGGCAUUUUGCAUGAAUUUUCGAAAAUUAGAAUUUGCAUAGCAAAACCAUUAAUUCAAAGUGAUCAGGACACUUCAAAUUAGAAGCAACAUUUUCUUUGCUAAAUGCAACAUUUGAAAGCGAUCAGGUAUGCUAAAUCGAUUGAUCUUAAGCUUGAGGUGCCAUUUUGAAUGCCUGAUGGGCAACAGAAGAGAAUAGAAGUAUUCGUGCCCACCCACGCGCGUAGUUAGUUGGCAAUGCGGUAUACGCUUUUAUCUAUGAAAGUUCGUUUUUCUCUAUCUAUUUUGCAACAUAGCAGCAGCAGCAGUUUGCUAUGUUGCCUAAAUAUUUCAAUCGAAAUUCUUAAGUAUAGAAAUGUGGUGGCUCACAACACUUAAAACCAUAACAGUGGCUAGAAACUUCGUGUGCAAGACAACAGGAAUCUCUGUGAAAUUAGCACAUCGCCAUCUGGUCUGGGUCUUGGUCAAAUUUUUUUUCGUCAGGAAAAUACCAUAACAUGUCAAUGAGUUAAAUUUUGUUUAGCAGGCCUUUUGAUUGGAUAACUCGCUGUCCUCGUACUUGUACCGGCAUAAAAUGUCUUCAUCGCAUUACGUAAGGUUUAUGCCGGAGAUCUUCAUGGAAAACUUGACGAAUAAUACCCUCAGAAGCAUUAAACUCCCUCGUAAAGGCUCUCAUUGAUUUUGAAAAGUCCUCGUCAAUGAUCGCUUGCACUUGAAUAAAUUCGAUAGAUCUGACUGUGUCAAAAUGUUCCUAGUGCUUUUUGCGUUUGUAACUGAUUCUGCAUAGCCAACUAGUCGUGAUGCUUCCAGCUCACGUCGCACUUUAUGAACGAAUGAACGGGCGCACUUAAGAAAAUUAGAGAUUUCUUAAACAGUGUGGUUAGCCAAAUAGCCACGAUAACUGCAUGUAUCUUCAUCUCUUGAGUUCAGUUGUAGUCCUCCAUGUCCUAACUGAAAAAAUGUAAAAAAGAAAAAUAAUGGUUUCGGAAAGUUAUAGCACUAUUUUUUUUUUUUCAAAAUAUGACUCUUAAAAAUUAUAUGUGAAAAAUUACAAAAUUUAAAUGUCCACCAUGCACAUCUAAAGGUAGAAUCUGCCAAACAGUCCAUUCAUGAAUACCUAAUUGUUGAGAAUGGCGAGAUAUCGAUGUAGAGGGUUGAGCUACAGGAGUAAUAUUCUCAACAGAACGUCCAAUGUUUCGUCUUCCCGGCCCUGUUAUCCUCGACAGAACUAGUUUCUAGAAAUUUGUUCACCAACCUUUGAAUUGUCGACUUAUUCGGACGCUUAUUUUCACCAAAAAAAUCGCAAAUUUUUUCUCUUAAGGAUCGGCCAUUUUCAUAACAAGUUUCAAUAAUUGUCAAGUUUGAAAGUUAAGAUGUUAUAAAAAAGGUAGGAAUUAUUCACUAUUCACAUCUAGGCGGUCACUUUUGAAAGACCCUUUAUAAUACUUGAAUUUUGGUAUUGCUACUAGAUUUCUGUAAGGGGUAUUACCGUAAAGCAGAUAUUUAUCUAGUAUCUCAACUUCUACCAAUGCGCUUGCAUGAAAGGUGGUGCCACUAGACCAACAACAAUAUUUUGUACGUUCAAUUGUCAAAGCAAAGUAUUGCGAAACUAGAAAACAAAUAAUGAAUUCGCCUUGUUUCACAUGGGCACGGCGAAAGAAAACAAAAAAGCAAAUCAGCCACCUUUAAUAGAUUGACCUUGACUUCUACUAAGAAAACAGUUGCAUUAAACCAAUUUCUUAGCUUUUUUAAACUUUUUUUUUGUUUUCUUUUUUUAACACUAACCGAAACCGCAAAAGAGUGCGUAAUAGAGUAAUUUUGGCUAAAAUAAAAUAAAAUAAAUCAUUAUUAGAAAAAGAAAAAAAAAACAGCAACUGACUAAAGAAAACUAUUAAGUGAAUGUUAAAAGGCAUUCAUUUGGCAUAUUGUUCCUUUACUUAUAGCCAAUAAUACAUAUAAAAUAAACCGUUAACUUGAGAAGCCGCAAAUAAUUAAGUACGCAUAAUAUGAUAAAAUGUGCGAAAAUAUGCAGAAAUUGAAUUGCUAAAUUGCAAAAAAAAAAUUUAUGUUUUCAAACAAAAUAUUAUACAAUAUAUUAUAAUAAUAAAUAAAACUCUGAUAUUAACAAUGACUAAAACUUCAAUGCUAAAAUUGUAAAAUUAAAAUUUCGUUUGCUUAAUCAACUGUUUAUGCAUGUCUAAUGUGCUCUGAAAGCACUAUGAGCUCUAUGAGGAGUGAACAAGAGAAAAAAAAAUGUGAUCUAUGCUCUUACUGCGCUGCAUAUUUCUGGGCGCACGUUGGCACAAUUUAGCGCUGUAGAUUUAGCUAUGGCACAUUGCAAAACAUGUUUCGAUGGGCAUAUUUAACAGUUCAUUUGGCAUCAGUUGUGAUUAGCUUUGCAUAAAUCUUCGAGUUUUGCAUUAAAAUAGUGAAUUAUGUAUGUGAAAUUGCGUGAAUUUUAUAAUUUCGAUUUUAAUAUUUUUUAAGCAUAGCCAACAUAAAACGGAGUCAAUUUUUACUUUAAGCUGCGCAUAUUUUUAACUUCUAUGUAUGUACAUACAUACAUACAUACAUACACAAAUGCAGAUGCUAAAUUACAUUUAUUUUGUUUAAUCUUUCAAAAUGUUACCUUUCAACUAAUAAAACUAUAUAUUUUAAGUUAAUAUACAUUUCAAGGCAUUUCGUUAAUAACUACUAGUGGUUAAAAAAAUAACUUCCGAGCCAAUAAAAACUAUACUAAGUUUAUUUAAGUUGCUAAAACAUAUUUUCUACUUUAAUAAUUAUAAUUUUUGGGACAAAAUGAAAUUUUUAAUUCCGACGGUCUCGAUGCUAAUACGAAAAAAAAGUACAUACAUACAUACAUAUGUUAAACUACAUGCUAUUUAAUGCGUUUUUGUUUAAUACAAAAUACAUUGAAAAACACACAUGCUUUUGACAUUCAAAAACAAUGCAUAUUAUAAUAUGUAAGACUGUACUAAUUUGUAAAA